UUUCUAUAUAUAUUUGACAAAUAAAAGAAAAAGUAAAAAGCAAAAGUAUAAAAAUUUUUAUAGUGGUUUUCAUGGAUGACAACUCCAAAAAACUUGGAAUCAGAAGAACCAUAAGAGAUUUCCCUCCAGCUCACUACUUAUUUAAAGUAGAAUCGUUCUCUUUGUUGGCCAAAACAGGGGUUGAUAAGUAUGAAUCUGAUGUAUUUGAAGCUGCGGGUCACAAAUGGAGAUUGUCACUCUACCCAAACGGAGACAAUAAAAGCAACGGAAGUGGCUUCAUCUCCCUUUACUUGGUAAUUGACGAAACAGAAAAUUUACCUCAUACUUGGGAAGUCAAUGUCAGCUUCAGGUUAUUCAUGCUUGACCAGAUUCGGGACAAGUACUUAACCAUUGAAGACGCUGAUGGGGCAGUCAAGAGAUUUCAUUGGAUGAAGACUGAAUGGGGCUUCGCCCAAUUACUCUCCCUCGAGUCAUUUUAUAACACUUCCAAUGGUUACCUUAUUGGUGAUUGUUGCAUAUUUGGGGCAGAGGUUUUUCUAAUGGAACGCAAUUGUAAAUGGGAGUGUCUUUCCAUGAUCAAGGAGCCUGAGGACAAUACCAUAACUUUCAAGAUGGACAAUUUCUCGAAAUUAGACAAGAAGUAUUAUGAAUCUUCCGUUCAUACCAUCGGGGAUUCAAAAUGGAAAUUGACAGUCUAUCCCAAGGGAAACGUAAAAUUUAAGGGCAAAGCACUCUCUCUCUUCCUAGAGUUAGUCGAGGCCGAGAAGCUUCCCCCUAAGCGGAAAGUAUAUGCAGAAUACAAGCUACGGGUAAGGAACCAAAUCAACGGUAAUCACAUGGAAUUCACAGUCGAACGUUGGUUCAGUGCAACAAGUGUAAACUGGGGUUAUCCACAAUUCAUUGCGCUGAAGCUUCUCCACGAUGCAUCCAAGGGUUACAUUGUCUAUGAUAGUCUGAUUGUUGAAGCAGAAAUUGCCCUCGUUUCUAAAGUCAAGCGUUUCUCAUAAAUAGAUUCAAUCUGGUGUUAACAGUACUAUCGAAUGUCUGAAUUUGUUUCAUGUUCUGGGCAUCCUGUUCUAAAUCAUGAUGAACAAUGAAAAUGUUUAAUUGUUUUCAGUACGCAAGAUUGAAUAAUCAUGUUAUAUCUUCUUUGGUUAA